AUGUCCGAAACCAAGUGGCCGUACAUGUACCCCGAAGGAGAAGAUUCCUCUGAAUCCAAUCUCAGAAACGGCAAAAGAGCAUCGGACGAUGUCGAGCUCAAAGACGAUCCCCGACGAAGCAAAGCUCCCAAAUUGAUGGGGGUUUCAAUUCACGGAAAUGAUUCGAUCGACGCCGCCAAUGAACAAUCUGAUUAUGACAACGAUCCACUUAUCAACGACAUUGGCAGGGACAACUCGAUAAGCUGUUUGAUCCGAUGCUCGAGGUCCGAUUACGGUUCAAUUGCUUCCGUGAACCGGAGUUUCCGGUCUCUGGUUAAAUCCGGGGACAUUUACAGACUCAGGAGACAGAACCGGAUUGUAGAACACUGGGUUUACUUCUCUUGCCAGCUCUUGGAAUGGGUUGCUUUCAAUCCCGUCGAGAGACGGUGGAUGAAUCUGCCAACGAUGCCUUCAGGUGUAACGUUCAUGUGCGCCGAUAAAGAAUCGCUCGCCGUUGGCACCGAUUUGCUUGUGCUGGGCAAAGACGACGAUGCUUCGCAUGUUAUAUACAGGUACAGUCUUUUGACCAACUCUUGGUCGUCCGGUGUGAGGAUGAACUCUCCGAGGUGUUUGUUCGGCUCGGCGAGUCUAGGAGAGGUUGCGAUCUUCGCCGGCGGCUGUGACUACCUCGGCAAAACCAGUGAUUCCGCCGAGAUGUAUAACUCCGAGCUUCAGACUUGGACCACGCUUCCGAAGAUGAACAAGCCGAGGAAGAUGUGUUCUGGUGUUUUCAUGGACGGGAAGUUCUACGUGAUCGGAGGAAUCGGCGGGAGUGACUCGAAGGUGCUUACCUGCGGCGAGGAGUUCGAUUUAGAGACGAGGAAGUGGACAGAGGUACCGGAGAUGUCGCCUCCGAGGAGCCGGGAAAUGCCGGCGUCAGCGGAAGCGCCGCCGCUUGUGGCGGUUGUGAACAACCAGUUGUACGCGGCGGAUCAUGCUGAUAUGGAAGUGAGGAAGUAUGAUAAAGAGAGUAAGAAGUGGUUUACGUUGGGGAGGUUGCCGGAAAGAGCUGAUUCGGUUAACGGUUGGGGACUGGCGUUUAGAGCCUGCGGCGAGCGGUUGAUUGUGAUCGGCGGACCUAAGAACUCAGGUGGAGGUUUCAUUGAGCUGAAUUCUUGGACACCGUCGUCUAGUGAUCGAAGCCCGCCUCUAUGGACAUUGCUCGACAGGAAACACUCUUCGAAUUUCGUUUACAAUUGCGCCGUCAUGGGUUGCUGA